AUGCGUCCGCGUCAGACAUUGAAUGUCUGCCCUGAUAUCGAUACUUGUACUACCGACUACUUUACCCCCUCCGGUGGUGGUCCAACCCGUUAUGAUACCAAGUCAUCUCAAAUGGUCUGGUUUAUGAUAGUCAGAAUAUCGGUAAUAAUGUUGGUUUAUCUCUCUUUCGAUCCUCUACUAAUGGCAUCGGAUGUUCAAGAGCACUUUUUAGUACCACAAUUGGAUCUGCUACUAUUCAGUUUACCAGACGUUCUUCAUGAACCAGGCCAGCUACGCCGAGGCGUACUGCAGAACCAACUGGGUAAGACUUCCCUCGCUAACGUCGUUGAAUGUGCCGCAUUGAGCUACCAUUUCACACAGAAUGUUCAUGGAGGCAAUUGCGUCCCUCCUGAUUCAGACCUGGUUUGUCCAGUGAGUGCUUGGCAUUACCAGCAGCUCGCCUGA